ACAUUUCUCAGCAAGAAAUCUUUUGAACUCAGUCCUUGAAUAAAACGUUUGUAUACCUUACUUCUAGAGGUAAUCAAAUAGCGAUUGCGGAGCUCUCCAAACUACAGAAGCAUCCGACUUAAUGAUUAUUUUUAAACGACAUUGUAGUAUUUUGUGGUGGACAGCUCUUACCUGCGUUACCUAGUUUCAUGCUCAGUUCUGUUUAUAGGCAACUAGAAUGACCUUCAUGCCAUUAUGACAAACGUAAAACUCAUAUAUUGAGGUAGAAUCGGUAUAAGCAUGAAGUAAACUUCCGUUCAAAAAGUAUUUGGACACCUUUGAUGCGUUGCAUUGAAUUUGCUUUUGCAAAGGAAACUUGUUCAGAUAUAAGCAGUCCUUUUUAAAUAAUCUAAGCCUAUGUAACCCAAAGAUAUGGUUAAAAGUUGGAUUCUUAACUUUGGAUUCUUAAAAUUCGGCACAAAAGAAAACCCUUUUCUGCAAAUAACCAUAAAGGCAGUGAAUUCUUUAAGUUUUCCUGUAUCUAACGACAACAUGUGCAAAAGAGUUGUGUGGCCUAAAAACGGCAAACUCACACGACCUUAGCAAAUUUUGUAGACAUGCCUAAACUAAGUAAAUUGUUUCGAUUCGCAUUUUUAUCUAGAACAAAAAUUAUAUUCUCAUUGCAAUUCUAUCUUAGCGUUGACAAGAUACAAGUGUAAUGCGAGUUGCAGUCGUUUUUACAUAUCAUAUUAAUAAUAUGCAGAAGACCUUCCAGCUGUAGUAAACAGAGCUACCUACAUUCCCGGAAAAAAAAUGGUUGAGACUUUUCAAGAAAAGCUUAUAUUUUCACUUUUCAUUAAAAAAUAACUCCCCCUCUCCUCCAAUUCAAUGUUGAAUGCAUGAUUUUGAAGGAGAAAUGAUAGAACUACAAAUCCAACAUUGCUUCGGGGGAAAAGGGGGUGAUUCGAUUUUACAGGGGCAAGGUAAAGUAGAAAAUUACAAAAAUUGUAUUUUGUCUCAACAUUUUUGUCCGGGGUUGUAGAUUCAAUGCAAGAAUGAUAACGUUGGAAUAGAAAAGCUAUAAAGUGUUAUAAACCCUUUUUAAAGAUCAAUGUCUCCGUCAGCAUCCUUCAGAAAAAAUAUCCUUAUUCAUAUGGGUAGAUUAUAAAGGUUCCAUUGCACGUUUCAUAGAUACAGAAUAGUAAAUUUCAUUGUGAUUGGGUAUAUCUCUUGCUUUAUACCUUUCGAUCUCUUUUGAAAAGUAGGCUCAAAUUUUCAUUGAAUAUUUUUGAAGACAUAGGUUCCUUGAAAGAGCUUAUUCUCAUUCUUUAUCUCAUAUGUCUAUUUGAAGUUUAUUCUAUUUAAUUCUGAAAAAAAGUUAGCUUGUUAUAAAUUUUAUUCAUUGAUGAGUUGUCAAUGGUUAUCGACACAAACCGUGCCCCUACUAUCAAGUUCCGAGUUCCAUUGAUGACUUUAGAAUGCCGAAGGUGUUCUCUUGAUUCGUUAAGAAUCAUUCGACGGUUCUGCGCAAGACAUCAUGAUUGCAUUCAACCAAGCCAAGAUGGACAUCCUUAAGACUGCUCUAGAGCAGUUUCGCAGGGAUAAAGUGUUGUGUGACGUAAAGAUUCUGUCACAGGACAGAGAGCAUCAUGCACAUCGUGUGAUACUAGCUGCAGGAAGCGAUUACUUUAGGACGAUGUUUGAAAGUGAUUUUAAAGAAACACAAUCAGGGGUUAUAGACCUAGGUGACAUUAGUAGCAUAUUAAUGGAUAUCAUUCUGGAUUUUAUAUACACUGGCGAUGCUCGGGUAAGCCCUUCAAAUGCUUGUGAUUUGUACUGCCUGGCUGACCGCUUAGCAAUGAAAGGUCUUAAGAGUCAAUGCAGGAUGUAUUUGCUGGAAAAUCAAGACACGUCGACAUGCCUUAGCAUAUUGAGAAUGGCGCGAUGUUAUAAUGAUGAAUGUCUUGAAAAGUCUGCUCUAGAUUUCAUUUUGCAGAACUUUACUGAUCUCACAAAAACCCAAGAAUUCUUGGAUAUAAGCAAAGACGAACUAUGUGAAGCCAUUGCACACAGUGAAAUGAACGCUGAGAAGGAAGAAGACAUAUACAAUGCAGUUAUUUGCUGGGCAGACAACGAUCCAGAUAAACGCAAUAAAGAACUAGCUGAUAUAUUCACGUUUAUAAGAUUCCCUUUAAUGGACUUAGAUUUCUUGGAAAAUAAAGUUCUACACAACAAUAGAGUGACAGACAGCCAAUGGAAUACUACAAUCUCUGACAUAUAUCAACGGUGUUGCAGAUUCCACAAACACAAUGAGACGCAUGCAUUCUUCUGGGUGCCUAAGGACAUGCCUUGUUAUUGUCGUGAAUCUCGUGUCCCAUCUUAUAUAAUCUAUAUUCCAGGUGGAUGGAGUAACGGGCGCUGUCUCGCCAUAACAGAAUGUUACAACCCAAAAAGCGAUCGCUGGACAAUGGCACAUAACCUCAAGGAUCCCGAUGGCGCUAAAUGCUAUUACGGAUCGGCUCAAUUGGGAAAACUUGCUUACUUUGCUGGUGGUUACGACGGGAGCGCCUAUCUCAACACUGUUAGAUGUUUCAAGCCAUGCACAAAAGAUUGGUCGGAAAUUGCGCCAAUGCACACCAAACGCUGCUUCAACAACCUGGUUGCAUUGAACAAUGAGUUAUAUGCUAUCGGUGGAUUUGAUGGGAUGAAGCGACUGUCUUGCGUGGAAAGGUACUCUGUUAGUUUAAACCAGUGGACAAGAGUGGCUUCUCUUGGCACUGCCAGGAGUGACAGUGCCGCCGUCACAUGUGACAAUCAUAUAUACGUUUUUGGUGGGUACAGUGGUGACAGCUUGCAGUCGGUUGAGUACUACGACGGUGAGGUAUGGCGAUAUGCCACGCCGAUGAACAGCAAAAGGAGUGGCGCCAGUGUCGUUUCAUUACCUGACGGGCGUAUUUUUAUGAUGGGUGGUUACGACGGGAUUUCAAGAAAGAACACCACGGAGUUUUAUCAUAUCAAGUCAGAUACAUGGACCGACGGGCCACCAAUGCACACAGCUCGUAGUAACUUUGCCACUUGCAUCGCUGGUAGCUAUGUUUAUGCGAUUGGUGGCUACACUGGACAAACUACACUUCAAGACGUUGAACGAUAUGAUCUUGUAUCAGAAAGCUGGACAGUGGUUGCAAGGCUAAACUAUGCUAGAAGUGCAAUGAAGGCAUGCAUUUUCAACGGUAUGCACAAUCUCAAUGAUUUUAUUCCAUUUGAUACCAGCAGCAACGGGAGCAAAGUCAACGACUGCUUGAUUGAACGAUUAAAUCAAAGCGAGGUUACAGUAGAGAGGCUGCUGCGAAGCACAAGAGCUAGUAGAGGGCCUCUAUCGUGAGAUGAAAACUGCUUGGAUUGUUAAGGGGUAUCUUUUGUUGCAAUUAUGACUCCUCUUCUCCAUGAUGGCACAUCCCCAGAUGUGUAAUUAUGGAGAAAAGGAGUUAUAAUGUUUGGCCUAGGAGAUAUAUGACCCAUAAAUGUUUAGAUAAGAAAUAGGUUCUUCUAUGACGGUCUUUUCUGCACAUUAUAUAAGGAUUUGUAUGGUUUAGCCUGUUGUCUAUUAUGUUAAUUGCAGGUUUUAGAUUCCUCAUAGUUAUGUAUUUUGAACAUUCAUUCUUUUGUAAUUACCAAACAAAUUAUUUCAUUUUGGUAAAAAUGUACAACAAUAGUUACGUUGCCUAAACCUUUAGUAAAAAUAUAAACCCGUAAUUACUAUUUUUUAAUAGAAAUGUACACCUAAAAAUAGCUCACACCAGCUGUCAUAUACCUAUUACUCAGCCUGGCGCCCUUCCCUUUAAUCAGGCGGAAAGGUGCCCUUACCUAACCUACUAAAACCACUGAUUAGUGACACAAACUCGUUUGCCCAAUUUAUGUUUUGUUGUCCUAAGGGCCAAGCCAGGGGUGUAGUGCAGUGCCGCAGGGUCUGGGCCAAAGUUACCCUCUAAAAUCUUUACCUGCUACUGAAAUCUUGACAGAGAAAGAAAUUUCAUUUCUGUUGACUUGAUAAGUAGCUAUCAGAGGAAUCUUUAAUGCCCCUUCUAUUAGUACUUACCCUAUAGUUGAAACAGUGAGCCAAUUGAUUCGUUUUUUUAGAUUUCGAAGGUGCCAACUGUUUCAAUGAUGAAUCAAGAUAAAAACACAACGAGAGGCGUUCGGUUAAACAAGAGUUUAUACUAAUUUGUUGUAAUAUGCAGUAGUUCUUAUAUGUGGGUUCUAAGAUUGGGGGGGGGGGAGGCAAAGGCGAGUUGAGCGAUUGGUCCACACCAUUUGGAAGGCCAGAAAAUGUCCUUUUUCAAAGAUACUUUUUCAUUGGGGGGGGGGGGGGCUGUCCUGCCCCUCUCGCUUUCCACUUACUACGCUGCUAUUUCUAAUUGAACUUUGAUAUUAUUAACCCCCCCCCCCCAGUCAAAUGUUCUCCUUUUUCAAGCCUCACAUCCUUUUACUAAGAAUGGCAUAAGUGAUGAUCGCAAACAAACUGUGUUUAUUGCAAAAUAAUAUUGUUCUUGUGAACUGGUACAGUAGUGUAGUAAACGAGUAUUUUCACAGAAUUUUUGUUACAUCAAUUAUAUCUCAUAUCGCAGUGUAGUAAAGAGAUCUCUCAUAUCCCUAGCCCCCGCGCUCUUCUUUUAUGCUCGGUUGACAAUUAUUGAUAACAAUUUUGAUUCUCAAAAACUAAUUUUCUU